AUGUCGAAUCCCUCCUCGCCCAAAAGCGACGACGGUCCCCGCAGCGGCGGCAGCUCCGGCGGCAGCGGAUACGGUUCGUCCUUCGCGGAGGCGACGAGCAUGUCGUUCGCGGGAUCGCCCCCGAACGAGUACGACGCGUCGACGAACCCGCGCGGGUCCGAGACGCUCGUGCCGCUCCCACUGAACGGCGACGACGGCGACGACUUCGACCGCGGCGCGUCCGGGACGGGGCUCAGCGCGCGCGUGCCCCCGGGCAGCGGCGCGGCGAAGAUGGAGACGGGCGCGUCGUCGCCGCCGUUAUCCGACGAGGCGUUAUCCGCGGACGACGACGCGGAGGCGUCCUCGCCCAAGUCGACGUCCGCGGCGACGGCGGCGGCGACGACGACGUCGCGGAAGUCGAGCGGCCCGGGGAGCGUCGGCCGGCGGAGCGGGUCGAUGGCGAGCAAGGACGACGAGAAGCCAAAGGACAAAAACGCGCGCCUGGCGCGCUUCUUCAACCUGCCCCCGGACGAGGUCGUCGUGGACGAGUUUCUCUGCGCGCUGUACAAGAAGAUCCUCCUCCAGGGCCGCAUGUAUCUGUUCGAGAACUACGUGUGCUUCUACAGCAACGUGUUCGGGUAUCAGAAGCACAAGGUGAUCCCGUUGAAGAACGUCACCAUCGUUCGGAGGGCGAAGACGGUGAAGGUCGUGCCGAACGCGAUCGAGAUCGUUUGGAACGGUAAGUGCGAGUUCUUCACGUCGUUCCUCACCCCGGACAGCGCGUAUAAACAGAUAAGCAGCGCGUGGAACCAGGUGUGUCCGUACGGGCGGAUAUUCGCGGGCGUGGACGUGCAUAAGCGCGCGGAGGAGGAGGAGGCGAAUCACCGCCAGCCGACGUUUUCGUCGGCGCCGCCGGCGGAGAUCGCGGCGAUGCUCAACCUCGCGCGGUCGAGCUCGCUCGGCGCCGGGGACGGGUCGGACGGAACGCCCAGGGAGGGAGGUGGCGACGACGACGCGAGGAGCGAUCGAAGGAGAAGCCUCGGGAGCAGCAAGCUCGGCGGCUCGAAGAAGGCGUCGUCGUCGAUUUCGUCGUCGCGCUCGCGGCGAAAUUCCGAGAGGGCGUCGUCGAGGAAAUCGAGCGUCGACGGCGCCGCCGCGAAUCCGUUGCUCGACGCCGUCGCCGCCGCGUCGCCGAGCAGCGCGCGCUCGCGGAAGAGCAGCGGGAGACGCUCGGCGAGCGGCAGCGACGGCGCGCACAGCGGCCCGAACAGUAGCAACGCGUCCGGGGACGGCGGCGGCGGCGGCGGCGGCGGCGCGGGGAGCGUCUCAAGACGGAAACCGCCGAGGAAAUCGAACAGCCGGAAGAGUUCGCUCGGGAUCGACGUCGGCGACGUCGUCGAUCGCGGCGAGUCGCCCGCGGGUCCCCGGUCGGAUAGCGACGACGACGGCGACGACGAGCGCCAGGGCGAGAGCGCGACCCCGAGCGAGGGGGGCACCGACGCCGACGCGGACGACGACGACGACGACGACGACGACGACGACGACGACGUCGCGUCGGGGACGAUUCUCGGCUGCGGCGAAGGCUUGACGUUCACGCACGACGACGUCCCGGACCGCCCGAAGAACAUGAAGACGCUGCAGGAGACGGUGCUGGACUGCACCGUGGACGAGUUCUUCAAGACGGUCUGGAGCGACAGCGCGCGCGCGGGGUUCAACGCGACGUGUCACGAGAAGAGAGGCGAACGCGACGUGGCGGCGACCCGUUGGACGCCGCACGCCACGUCGAUCGCGGAGACGGACUGCGCGCGAGGCGACGCGCGCGACGACGACACGCCGCCCGCGACCGCGACCGCGAGCGCGAGCGCGUCGUCCGAGCGACGCCCGGGGAAGUACGGGAGAGACCUGACGUUCAUCGCGCCCGUCAACGCGUCCAUCGGCCCGAAGCAGACGCGGUGCCGGCAGUCGCAAAAUUACGCGACGUAUCGCGGCGGCGUGAUGGUCAUCGACACCGCGCAAGUGCAGCUGGAUAUUCCGUACGGGGACUACUUCAGGGUCGAGGGGCGGUGGGAUGUGGCCCCGACGACCGCGAAGGUUCGACCGGACGGCGCGGUGAUCGAUCGAUGCACGCUGUGGGUCGGUCUGAGGGUCCCGUUUCACCGGACGACGAUGCUGCGGACGGUGAUCGAGCAGUCGACGUUGAACGAGUCGAAAAAGUCCGUGGAGAUUGUCCUCGGGCUCGCCCGCGCGACGAUGGAGCACUUGAACCGCGAGAAAGUCAAGGCGUUCAUCGAUAAGCACGGCGUCGCGAUGCUGAACGGGAGCCCGGAUGAAGACCACGUCGUGGACGCGUCCAAGCUGAACAUCCCGGAGGGAAGCAAAGACGUCAUCUGGCGCAUGCUCUUCGGGCACGGCGGCGGGAGAAAGAACAGCGGCGACAUCACGCCGCAAGGCAGCGUCAACGGGC